AUGAAUGAAAACUCAAUUUUGCAGACAAAACUCAAAGACCUAGAAUCAACGUUGGACGAUGCAAUACUAAGUGGCCACGAAAAACAUUCACAUGCAGACAUUGAACAGAAAUUUACAUUCAUAGAAAACCUUGCAUCUGCUGAAGCUAAAUCUGAUCCAACACAACGUAUGCAUCACUUUACACAAAAGUUGGAAUCAUUGAAGAAAUCUUUCAAUGAAAGAGACAGCACUUUCACGACAUAUACAAAUCCAGAAUUUGACAAGGAUUCUAUCUCCAAUUCUAAUUCUUCUUGUUCUUGUACUGAGUUUUGUUUGAAAGAUGAAGAACUUGAUGAGAGCAACUUGAUUGUUAUCGAUGGCCCGGAUAAGCUUUUUCCUGAUUUUGUUGGUGAGAAGGGUGUUGUGGGAUAUAGAGAAAACGGGGUGGAAGAAAUUGGUGAAAAGAUUGAUGUUGGAAGUGGAAAAAUUGCAAAAAAAUUUAGUCACGAUGCUGAGGAAUUUUUUGAAGAUUUUGAUAAAGAAAAGGAAUGUGAUUGUGGUUUAAAAGAUGAGGAAAAGAAGGAAUUUGAGAAGGUGAAAAGUGGGUUUGGUAAGAAUUGUUGUGUGUUGGUUAGUGGAGUUUUUAUUGGUAUGAGUUUGAUGGGUUUCAUUAUGGUGAGUCUUUCUGGCUGCUUUGAUGAAUAUGUGGAACAAACAAGUUUUGCAAUUCCAACAUAG